AUGCUGUUCCCCAGCAUCUCGCUGUUAUGGCUGUGCCAGACAGUGCUGGCACAAUAUUCCAGCGAUGAUCUUAUGUCAUUCGUUACACUCCCUGACGUGAGGGCCGUUAAAUUCAACGUCCACCACCACAAUCGCGAUCGCAUUAGUCCCGGUUACUGGUUCGUCACCCCGUAUCUGCACAUUGAGCCCGACGCGCCCUCCAGCCUCUACGAGCAAUACCAGAUCGGUCCCCAUAUCUACGAUGGGGAAGGGCAUUUGAUCUGGACCGGCGCCCAACAAUUCGAUAAUCGGAAUGCCUUCGAUUUCAAGGUCGUCCACAGCCUGUCUGACGAUCCACAACUGUCAUUCAUCUUGAACCACGCUUACGAUGGGGCCGAAGACUCUGGAUAUGGCAUGAUCCUGACCAACGAUUACAACGUGGAACGCAAGCUUCCUCUGCGACGCGAUCUGGGAAUUUUCGACAUUCACGAGUUCAGGAUUCGUGAUGAUGGUAAGACUGCGCUGGUCACGGUUUACCUUUCGCACGAGAUUGGCUUGGACGAGUACGGCCGGCCUGGGGAAAAGACUUGGCUGGAGAGUGGUGGCUUUGCGGAACUCGACAUCAACACGGCCGAGGUGAUCCAGUGGUGGGACUCCUACAAUCGCAUCCCUCUCCCCGAGACUGUCCACUAUUCCCCAAGUUCGCGCGUGGAGGGACACCCCGGCUGGGAUUAUGUGCACAUCAACUCGGUCGACAAAAACGCCGCUGGGGACUAUCUGAUCUCCGCACGAUUCACGAACACCAUUUAUCUGAUCUCCGGCAUCGAUGGAAACAUCAUGUGGCGGUUGGGUGGAAAGUUCACCGAUUUCGAGCAAGAUUUCACAUUCUCCAAACAGCACGAUGCCAAAUUCUUGGAGUCUAAUGGCACACACCACAUUAUUUAUUUCAUGAACAAUGCGUCCGACGAAGAGUUCAACGAGGAAAACGCAUCCUCGUCCCUCUUUGUCGAGUUGGACACCAGCGUGACACCCUUCACUGCCCGCGCCAUUCGACGCUACACUCGCCCUGACUACCAGCUGUCCCGACUCCGCGGUAAUACUCAACUUCUUUCGAAUGACCAUGUUUUCACCUGCUGGAGUAAAGGGGGUUAUAUCUCCGAGCACACUUCUGAGGGAGAGGUCGUCUUGACGGCCAACUUCACCUCUCCACGCUACUCUUCCUACCGCGCCUAUAAAUUCGAAUUCACCGGACGUCCCAACACACCUCCCGACAUGGUCGCCUCUGUGUAUGGCACCGACGAGACUAAUGUGGUAACAACAUUCUGGGUUAGCUGGAACGGAGCCACUGACGUGAGCGAGUGGCAUUUCUACGCUCAGGCCUCCGACUUCCACGACCCCGUCUUCGUUGGCAAGGCUCCCCGCGUUGAUUUCGAAACCAUGUUCAUUGGCGCCGGGUAUCUGGACUGGGUCACCGCCAAAGCCGUCGAUGCCAAUGGCACCGUGCUCGGCACAUCCGAAGUCCACCGGAGCAAUCACCCCGACUGGAAAUCCACUGGUUACAGAGGAAAAUCGACCCCCAGACCAAUAAACCCGGCUACCCUCUACCAAAGCGACGAUGUUGCCGAGGGCGACCACUCGGCUGAUACUGGUCGCCACUCCUCAGAUGCCAUUGAUACUCAAACCCAAAAGACCAUCGCGGUCUUGAACCACACUUACGAAAACAUUCGCAGCAUUGGCGCUGCAUUCUCCUUCGUGCUCCUCAUUUGCCUGUUCUGCGGUGUCGUCGCGAGCUAUUUGGUUAUCCGUGGGUGGCGCGUCCGACUUUACCAGCGUCUUGCCAGAGAAAGCGGGUUCGCAGACGAGAGAGUGCGUCUUAGAUCCCCGCACGAAGAUUGA